CUAUUGUAUGCCACACCAAACAUGCAUUCAUGUCAUUCUCCCAGGAUCCCUCUAACGCGAUUUGAAUCUAUCAGAGGAAAACUCCGCAAAAGAGGAGAGCUGCAUAAGUUUCUCGAAGCCCGCCAACCUGACAUUUUUGUUCAGAGGUACCCGCACUGUCUCCCUUCAGAUAUUAAUUUGUCACAGGGACUUGCAACAGAAAGGCUCUAUGACUACAUGAAUGCCCAGUAUUAUGGAGAGGUGAGUGUUGGCACUCCACCUCAGCGAUUCACCGUGGUGUUUGACACCGGCUCCAGCGAUUUUUGGGUCCCAUCCGCUCGUUGCUACAGCAAAGCUUGCAGCAUGCAUAAAAAAUUUGAGUCGUUUAUGUCACACUCCUAUGCGCAAGUAGGGCAGCCGUUUUAUUUACAAUAUGGGACUGGGAGUUUGAUCGGCAUCACUGCCAAAGACACCGUACAGUUCAGCAACAUUUCCAUUGAGGCUCAAGACUUUGGAGAGUCUGUCUAUGAGCCUGACCUGACCUUUACCUUUGCACACUUUGAUGGGGUGCUGGGCUUGGGAUAUCCAUCGUUGUCCGUGCUGCAUGGACUUCCAGUAUUCGACAAUAUGCUGAGGCAACAAUUGAUAGAGGAACCUGUAUUUUCCUUCAUCUUGAACAGAGGAGGCAACACUGAGAAUGGGGGUGAGUUGAUAUUUGGAGGCAUUGACCAUUCUCUCUACAAAGGGUCCAUUCACUGGGUUCCAGUCACCGAGCAAAAGUAUUGGAAAAUUCAUAUGGACAACGUGAAAAUCCAGGGACAGAUAGCAGCAUGCAAAGAUGGCUGUGCAGCCAUUGUGGACUCUGGUACAUCUCUCAUUACUGGCCCACCCUCACAAAUAAUACGGCUGCAACAAAAAAUCGGAGCCCACCCAGCACCGCAUGGCGAGUUUAUAGUAGACUGCAGAAGAGUCUCCAGCCUGCCCCCGAUAACCUUUACCAUCGGGCAGAGAGAAUACACAAUAACUUCAAAGCAGUAUAUAAUCAAGCAAACCAGUGGAGGAGAAGCUUUUUGCCUCAGUGGCUUUCAGGCUCUGGAUCUUGGCCCCCGCAGCAAACCGAUGUGGAUUCUGGGAGACGUAUUUAUGUCAGCUUUCUAUUGCGUCUUUGAUCGCGGGACUAAUAGAGUUGGAUUUGCUCACAAAGCAAAAUAGCACGAGUAAUGGGAAAUGCUCUGACAGCGGUUUGCAUCCCGCCAGUAAACCUGCCCUAGGUGCAAUGAGUCCAACUGAUUUGGAUGAGGGUGGGUGGGGGAAGAGGCAGUGUUAAAGAAGACUUGAAAAUUCUUGGAUUAACUUGGAAGUGAACCAGU